UUUUAUCCUGCCAGGGCAAGAAUAUACAUGUCCCAUCCAAGAUCGCUGAGGAAUGAGGCAGCCUGCUAAGACCUGCCCUGAGAGGGGUGAACAGAGAGAGAGAGGGGGGAAAGGAAAGAGUGAGAGCUAAGUAGAUAAAUGAGAACUUAAGAAGGAGCUGCAAACACUUGCUGGGAGUACAACAAUUUUUAUUGUUUACCUGGUCUUCUGUAAGACGCAGAAGAGGCGACAACAGGUGUACGUGUGUGUAGAUGUGUGACAGCGGAGUGUGUGAGGACAAGCCCCCCGCCCCCCCUGUCAGGAUGAGCAGCCAAGGAGGAGGAGCCAAGGACCCCCAGUCAGCCAAUCAUAGCUCUCGGCCGCUGCCGUCUGUACCAGAGGAGAGGAAGUCCAGAAACAAGAUCAUCUCCAUGUUUGCCUCUGAGAAAGGAGGCAAGAAGAAGGACAGGGACAAGGACAGACCCGAGAUAUCCUCCCCGUCAGACUUUGAACACACCAUCCAUGUGGGUUUUGAUGCAGUCACUGGAGAGUUCACUGGCAUGCCAGAGCAGUGGGCCCGUCUCCUUCAAACCUCUAACAUCAGUAAAUCAGAACAGAAACAGAAUCCUCAGGCCGUCCUCGACAUUCUCAAGUUCUAUGACUCCACCAGUGGAAAACAGAAAUACCUCAGUUUUUCCGCCUCGGAUAAAGACUCACAGUCGCCAGGCAAGCAGGGUACAGUGACCUCCCCGUCAGGUGGCAAGGAUGGCGACGAUGAUGACGACGACGAUACACCACCUCCAGUUGUUGCCCCUCGGCCAGAACACACAAAAUCUGUGUACACAAGUCAGGUGAUAGAUCCACUCCCAGCUCCAGAUGGAGACGCCGCCUCUAAGGCAGCUGAUAAACAGAAAAAGAAGGGAGGCAAAAUGACUGAUGAAGAAAUCAUGGAGAAACUAAGAACUAUUGUCAGUAUUGGAGAUCCUAAGAAGAAAUACACUCGCUAUGAGAAGAUCGGCCAGGGGGCGUCUGGCACAGUUUACACAGCCAUAGAUGUCGCCACAGGACAGGAGGUGGCCAUCAAACAGAUCAACUUGCAGAAGCAGCCAAAGAAAGAGCUAAUUAUCAACGAGAUCCUGGUCAUGAAGGAACUGAAGAACCCCAACAUUGUCAAUUUCUUAGAUAGUUUCCUCGUAGGAGAUGAGCUUUUUGUGGUGAUGGAGUACCUGGCUGGUGGCUCCCUAACUGAUGUCGUGACUGAGACUUGCAUGGACGAAGCUCAGAUCGCUGCUGUCUGCAGAGAGGUCCUUCAGGCUCUGGAGUUUCUUCACGCCAACCAGGUCAUCCACAGAGACAUCAAGAGUGACAACGUACUGCUUGGAAUGGACGGCUCAGUCAAACUCACUGAUUUCGGCUUCUGUGCCCAGAUCACUCCAGAGCAGAGCAAACGCAGCACCAUGGUGGGGACUCCAUACUGGAUGGCACCAGAGGUGGUGACCAGGAAAGCCUACGGACCCAAAGUGGACAUUUGGUCUUUGGGGAUUAUGGCCAUAGAGAUGGUGGAGGGAGAGCCUCCGUAUCUCAACGAGAACCCUCUCAGGGCAUUGUAUUUAAUCGCCACCAAUGGAACUCCUGAGCUGCAGAGUCCAGAGAAGCUGUCUCCUGUCUUUAAAUCCUUCCUGUCCCGCUGUCUGGAGAUGGAUGUGGAGAAACGAGGAUCAGGCAGAGAACUGCUGCAGCAUCCAUUCCUGAAGCUGGCCAAGCCUCUGUCCAGCCUCACCCCACUCAUCCUGGCAGCCAAGGAGGCCAUGAGGAGCAACCGCUAAACCCCGGUCUCUAAAGACUAUAAGACCUAACGUCAGUGACAUCCAACCCAGCCAGCAUCCUCUACUGGUCUACGUAUGACGAUCAUCAGCUAUCUGUUAGUGUUUGUGUUUUUUUCCAAGGGGUCAUAAAAUGCAUCUCCUCUCUUCCCAGUGUUUCUGUACUGAAGCCAUGUUUAUCUUACCUUCGUGCCUUCCAAAGCUGCACACAGCCAUAGCCAUGUCCUCUGUUUUCUGCAGCCAUAGCACAUGUGUGUGUGUUGAUGUUGACUAUACAUAUCAGCAAUGUGGAAUUGUUGUUGCAAAGGUUCAAGACUCUUUGCACACCAAGGUCCACAUUCACAAAGGAUCUUAUCUCUCCACUGGGAGUCCUCCUAAAAGGCGCUAAAAGUUCCUAAGCAGAGUUUCCUCUUAAGACCUGCUCACAAAGCUUUUACUGAGGAAAUGAGGAAGUCCUUAGAGGAAGAGAAGGGGUGGCGGGGGCCCUGUUGCUAUGGAUGACAUCAGUGCUGUGUCCCAAUUCCAUACUACAUACUAAUUAUAGGCAGGUUGUGAGUAUGUUGUGUGCUCAUACUAAAGAAGUACCCAAAUAAACUAAACUAUAUAAAUUAUACGUAAAACAGUCAACAUGCUGACUAAAAAAAACAACACUACUUCCUUACGAAGCAAUGCACAAAGAAAAUGGUGGAGCUGCUUAUAGUUGUGAAUAAAUUAAGCCGAUUGUGGACUGUGGAGAAACGGCUCCAGAAACAGUACAAAAUGGAAAAUAUUCAAUUUUUGCUUUCUCUCUGUUAAGUUUAAUCAGAGGUGGUAUUUUAUUCUUGCUGUCUUCAUUAAUUUCCUGUCAUUAUGAAACAGUUAAGCAUGUUGAUUUCUCAUAUACUAGCUCCAAAAACAGCGUACGACAAAGAUUAGUAUGUAGUAUGAUAUACUGUAUAGUGUUUGUGUGUAGUAUGAAAUUGGGAUGUAGCUUAAGUUUCAUGAAUGAACUUAGUCUUUACAGUUUGGUUUUUAUAUCAGAUUAAAACAUUUUAAGUUUUAAGAUCCUCAUCUUGAGGAUUCUAGAAUUUUGGUGUGUGCAGAGACUGGAAGCUUUGCAGCUCGUCCCCAUAGCUGCCAUCGCUAUGGUUACACGUAUGCAUUCUGACCGGGUCCAUUAGUUUUGAAAGUAGCCUGGAAAACUACAGUGUGCUAAAAACUGAUCUCAGCACUGGGACAGUGCAGUCUUUGUGCAGUGGAAAAGCCAUACCAGUGUCCCUGUUUGACCCUGUAUCUCACCAAAAAUCAAGCCAUUCCAGUGAAGGGGUGGGAUCCAAGUUUUCAAGUGUUUUUUUGUUUUUGUUUUUCCAGGACGUUUUUGUACAUGAAACUUUCUAUUGUUUUCUAAUAGCAGAUGAAAAAUGUGCAGAUUUUCUGUGUUUAGAGUUUCGACAUUCUGGUGGCAGUUUAGGGUAUUUCAGGCACCAAAAUACACACUAUCAUUAACUCGACUCAGGCAUCAUACACCUCUGCUAUCAAACUCUCUGCAGGCUCUUUUAUAAACUAUGCAAACCCAUCUGAACAUGCCUUGGCAAUGCUCGGGCUUCCCAUACCUGCCAAAUUUCUCUCAACAUGAUGUUUUGUCUAAAUGUUUUGUUUGUCUUUACCUCUGCCUUUUGCAAUAGAUUUCUUACUGUUGGUAUGUUGGUGAGAGCACAACACAAAUACUGUAUGAAAUUGUCUGUCUGAAUGUGUUGAACUGGAGGAAGACUUUGCAUUUUUUUGUAUAUUAUGUAUUGGUAAUGUCCUGUAUUUUUAACAGCUUUUUAAAAGUAUGUAUAUCAUUGUUUUAUAUUUGUAACUAACCCAACAGAAGACAAUUUUUUGUUUUUUAUUCCAGCAUUUUUUUUGUGUACCAAUUCAUCCUCUGAACUGUGCAUUUAUGGACUUCAAACCAUAAAAUGCACUGAUAAGCCUGAGAAACUCGAGCCAGACCUGAGUCAAUCAGUAUUUGAAAAUGAUUGUUUGUUUUAACUUGCUCAGAGUGCCAGAUGAGUUUGGUUUAUACCUCAUUUUACCACAAGUUUAGACAAUCACAGGGAAAAGUGUUUAUUAAAUGUACCUUAAACAGAUAAAUGUCGCAGUAAAAUGCUCUCAUAUGGCACUCAACAGGUUGACACAAAUACUGAGUACUUGCAAAUACUAUUAACAGGCUGGAAUCACAGCAUUAUGUGGCAUUUGAUCAGAACGUAUCAGUGAUACGUAUAAUAUGAAUGAUUGAAGAUUAUAAAAGGAAUGCGUUAUUGUUCAUCGGGAAACCACCAACUUCUGGCGUUGAAUAAAUUCCAUACAGCAUGUAAAUUAUUAAUAAAGGUGGACCUAAUUAGAUGAGA